AUGCUCCUCUCCGACAUCCACCUCGAAAUCGCCUCCCAAUACACAACCUACACCUUCCCCGCCACCGCCCCCAUCCUCCUCCUCGCCGGCGACGUCGGCAACCUCGUCCACUACCCGGACUACCUCGCCUUCCUCGCGUCCCUCGCGCCCCGCUACGACCGCGUCCUCCUCCUCCUCGGCAACCACGACUUUUACGGCCUCACCUACGACGCCGCCCUCGACGCCGCCCGCCGCCUCGUCGCCGAACCUUGCCUCGCCGGCAAGGUCCUCCUCCUCCACCGCACCCGCUGGGACGACCCCGACUCCGACCUCACCGUCCUCGGCUGCACCCUCUGGUCCCGCGUCCCCGCCAAGGCCCGCGAUACCGUCUUUUACCGUGUCAGCGAUUACCUCCACAUCAAGGAGUGGUCCGUCGAGAAGCACAACGAGAAGCACAUCGAAGAGGUCGCUUGGCUGCGCGCUGAGCUGCGCGCCAUGGCCCAGGAGCACAAGGCCGCCGUGAAAAGAGUCACCGAGGAGAACAAGAGGCGGAGGAAGCAAAGCCCGGUCCCCGCUUCUUCUGCUGCUGCUACGCCUACUACUACUACUACCCUUCCAACGGGUGAGCCCACCUCCGCCCCGUCGGACCCUUCGCCAUCAUCACCUCAACCCCUACCACUUCUACCCCUCCCCCGCCGCCGCAUCCUCGUCGCCACCCACCACGCUCCCUGCGUCCACGGCGCCCAGAGGCCCGACAAGGCCGACAAGCCCUGGGCCUCCGCCUUCGUCACCGACCUCAUGCUCGUCAAGGGCACCCGCAUCGUCGCCAACCAGAGGGGUUACGACUUCAAGGGGAACCCCGACCCCAAGGACGAGAACUUUGACCCGGCCUACGUGAUCAAGAUGUGA